AGAAACGUUUAGAUAUUUUAUUUAUUUGUAUAUAUUUUCGUAUUAAUGAAUAUAGAUUAAUGUUGCUUUUAGUAUGAUUUAUAAACAAUGACUUCAAUUAUUAAAUUACAUGCUAUAUCGGGAGCAUUAGAUGAAUCACCUCCUUGCUAUAUUUUACAAGUCGAUGAAUUACAUAUUUUAUUAGAUUGUGGUUGGAAUGAAAAUUUUGAUCAGGAUUUUAUUAAAGAAUUAAAAAGACAUGUUAAUCAAAUUGAUGCUGUAUUAUUAUCUUAUCCAGAUCCAUCACACUUAGGAGCUUUACCUUAUUUAGUUGGAAAAUGUGGCUUAAGUUGUCCUAUAUAUGCAACAAUACCUGUUUAUAAAAUGGGUCAAAUGUUUAUGUAUGACAUUUAUCAGUCUCGCCAUAAUAUGGAAGAUUUUACCUUAUUUACAUUGGAUGACGUUGAUGCAGCUUUUGACAAAAUUGUUCAGUUAAAAUAUAAUCAAAGCAUAUCAAUGAAAGGUAAAGGUUAUGGUGUAACAUUAACUCCGUUACCAGCUGGUCAUAUGAUAGGUGGAACAAUAUGGAAAAUUGUCAAAGUUGGUGAAGAAGACAUUAUAUAUGCAGUUGAUUUUAAUCACAAAAAAGAGAGGCAUUUAAAUGGUUGUGAAUUAGAAAGAUUACAAAGACCAUCAUUGUUGAUAACAGAUAGCUUUAAUGCUACAUAUCAACAGGCCAGACGUCGAACGAGGGAUGAAAAAUUAAUGACAAACAUUCUUCAAACUCUUCGUGGUGGUGGAAAUGUUCUUGUAGGUGUUGAUACUGCUGGUCGAGUUUUAGAAUUAGCUCAUAUGCUGGAUCAACUGUGGCGCAAUAAAGAAUCUGGUUUACUUGCUUAUUCAUUAGCAUUAUUAAAUAAUGUUAGUUAUAAUGUUGUUGAAUUUGCAAAAUCUCAAAUUGAAUGGAUGAGUGAUAAAUUAAUGAAGAGUUUUGAAGGUGCAAGAAAUAAUCCUUUUCAAUUUAAACAUUUACAAUUGUGUCAUAGUAUGGCUGAAUUAAAUCAAGUUCCUAGUCCAAAGGUUGUAUUAGCUAGUACUCCAGAUAUGGAAUGUGGUUUUUCUCGUGACCUCUUUUUACAAUGGUGCAGUAAUCCACAAAAUAGUAUUAUAAUAACAUGUAGAACAUCCCCAGGUACACUUGCCAGAGAUCUUGUAGAAAAUGGUGGAAAUAGAAAUAUUACUUUAGAAAUAAAAAAAAAAGUGAGGUUAGAAGGAACUGAAUUAGAAGAAUAUCAGAAAAGAGAAAAAUUGAAACAAGAACAAAUAAAACAAGAAAAAAUGGAAACUGCGGAUAUAAGUUCAGAAUCUGAAGAUGAGAUAGAAGUAGGUGGUACAAGAGGAAAACAUGAUUUAUUAGUUAAACAAGAACAUAAACCAGGUUUCUUUAAACAAAGUAAAAAACAACAUCCAAUGUUUCCUUUUUUAGAAGAUAAGAUAAAAGUAGAUGAAUAUGGAGAAAUAAUUAGAUCUGAGGACUAUAAAAUAGCAGAAGUAUUACCAGAAACUGAAGACAAUAAAGAGAAUAUUGAAGUGAAAACUGAAGAACAAAUUCAACAUCCAGAAAAUACUAGUGAUGUUCCAACUAAAUGUAUUCAAUCUACACGUACUAUUGCCGUAAAUGCAUCAGUAACUUAUAUAGACUUUGAGGGAAGGUCUGAUGGUGAAUCUUUACAAAAAAUUCUGGCACAAUUACGACCCAGAAGAAUUGUUUUAGUCAGGGGUUCUCCUAAGGAUACAGAAUUACUCGCUCAACAGGCUCAAAAUGUUGGUGCACGCGUAUUUAUUCCAGCUAGAGGUGAAACUUUGGAUGCUACAACUGAAACACAUAUUUAUCAAGUUCGUUUAACAGAUGCUUUAGUAACUGGAUUAAAUUUUUCUCGAGGAAAAGGUGACUCAGAAGUAGCAUGGGUAGAUGCUUUAGUAACAGCGCGUGAACAAGUAUGCCGUGAUGUUUUUAUGAAUAAGGAAAAUGAAGAUUUUAUUAGCAGAGCAGAAAAAAUACUUACUUUAGAACCAUUACCACUUAAUGAAAUUCCAAGCCAUCAAACCGCAUUUAUUAAUGAGUUAAAAUUAUCGGAUUUUAAACAAAUUUUAAAUAAAUCUAAUAUUCCAUCCGAGUUUAGUGGUGGCGUUUUAUGGUGUUGUAAUAAUACAAUUGCAGUAAGAAGACACGAAGCAGGUAAAAUUAUUUUAGAAGGCUGUCUUUCUGAAGACUAUUACAGAGUACGAGAAUUAUUAUAUGAACAGUAUGCAAUAGUGUAAGGAAAUAAGUUUAAUCAACUUGCGUAAGCGUAUGAGUGUGUAUAUGUUUAUGAAUUAUUUGAAUUAAAUUUGUUUGGACACAAGUCA